ACACCACUUGGUUUGCAGGGCGGCUGUCGGGGGGGGCAGCCAGGAUUGCAGCUAUCAGUCUUUUUUCAUGCCAGCCCGGAUGGGAGGCUGUUUGGACGCACUGCUUACUCACCAGCCUCCUCCUUUUGUCUGCCAGCCCAGCCUGACUCCUUGAGAUUGUGAAUAGCUCCAUCCAGCCUGUGAAGCUAGCUGGACGCUGGACGGCUGAGCCCGCUCCUGCCGGAUCUCCCUACAGGCCCCAUGCUACGGCUGGAGCCCUCCCCUGGGCUGGGGGGCCGCUGGCCUGGCCUCCUGCCUGUGCUCCUGGCUCUCCUUGGCAUGGCCUGGGCAGAGGUGCAGCCGCUCCAGCUGUGGGAGGAGCAGGCUCCAAUGUCUGGAGCCCUGAGCAGGAAGGAGAGUUUCCUGAUCCUCUCCCUGCACAACCGCCUGCGCAGCCGGGUGCAGCCCCCUGCGGCCAACAUGCGGAGAAUGGACUGGAGUGAGAGCCUGGCCCGACAGGCUCAAGCCAGGGCCGCCCUCUGUGGCGGCCCAGCCCCAAGCCUGGGGCCCACCCGCCUGGCCACUUCACACGUGGGCUGGAAUGUGCAGCUGCUGCCUGUGGGCUCCGCAUCCUUCGUCCAGGUGGUGGGCCUGUGGUUCGAGGAGGGCCAGUGGUACAGCCACGCAGCGGCCGAGUGUGCCCACAAUGCCACCUGUACCCACUACACCCAGCUUGUGUGGGCCACCUCGAGCCAGCUGGGCUGCGGGCGACACCCCUGCUCUGGGCACCAGGCUGAGAUGGAAGCCUUUGUCUGCGCCUACUCCCCCGGAGGCAACUGGGAGGUCAACGGGAAGACUAUCGUCCCCUACAAGAAGGGUGCCUGGUGUUCGCUCUGCACGGCCAGCAUCUCAGGCUGCUUCAAAGCCUGGGACCACGCAGGGGGGCUCUGUGAGGUCCCCAGGAACCCGUGCCGCAUGAGCUGCCGGAACCACGGGCAUCUCAACAUCAGCACCUGCCACUGCCACUGUCCCCCUGGCUACACGGGCAGGUAUUGCCAAGUGCGGUGCAGCGUGCAGUGCGUGCACGGCCGGUUCCGGGAAGAGGAGUGCUCCUGCGUCUGCGACGUGGGCUACGGGGGAGCCCAGUGCGCCACCAGGGUACACUUUCCCUUCCACUCCUGUGACCUGAGGAUCGACGGGGACUGCUUCAUGGUGUCUUCGGAGGCAGACACCUAUUACGGAGCCAAGAUGAAAUGCCAGGGAAAGGGCGGGGUCCUCGCCCAGAUCGAGAGCCAGAAGGUGCAAGACAUCCUCGCCUUCUACCUGGGCCGCCUGGAGACAACCAACGAGGUGACCGACAGUGACUUUGAGACCAGGAACUUCUGGAUCGGUUUGGCAACUGUGUGGAGCUGCAGGCCUCGGCCGCCUUCAACUGGAACGACCAGCGCUGUAGAACCCGAAACCGCUACAUCUGCCAGUUCGCUCAGGAGCACAUUUCCCGCUGGGGCCCAGGGCCCUGAAGCUCAGCCACUCCUCUCCCUUGCCUCUGCCUGGGUGCACCAGCCCUGCCUGCCUGUCUGCCCAUGUCUCUGGAACAGGGGCCAGGCCCAGACCUCAAGCCCAACAUCUGAAGAGGUCCCAGACCUUGCAGGAAGGGGGCGGGGCCAUUAGGGAGGCUAGCAUAGGGGGAGGGGAGCCUGGGGCCCCUCAGUCUGCUUCUGAUCCGGGAGAUGGGCCUCAGUCAGGUGGUGAAACAAGAGCCAAGGUCAGGGGCAGACGAGAUUGAGACUGCUCUCCUCCAUCUGGGCUGGACCCUCUGGGGCAGAUGGAAGUUCCCAGUGGCCCAGGAUGCAGCCCACAAAAGAUUAAACUAAGUUAUGGAACAAACUUGUGAAUGCUCGUUUCGAAGGGGAAUUCAGAGGAGCCAGGAUGACCCUGGAGGACCAGAGAGAGCCCGAAGCUCAGAGUGCCUCCUGCCCGCCCGAGCCUCCUCCCUGCUCACCCACGUGACCCAGGCUGCCCUCUGGAGGCUUCAGGCCCUGAAUAACACAUAGAUGCUGAAGCCUCAUUUGCAUCCCCGACGUCUUGCCCCAGCUCCCCUCACCACUGCCUCUGUUGGCCUUGUGUUUCUG